CAGUCGCGUACAUAUACCAGAUAAAAUAUCGUAAUUUAUACAAAGGAUUCUCAUACGUACCACAGCACACCCACAGAAUAUCGAAAUGGCCUACAAAUGGGUGCAGUCCUCGGCCUACUCCUCCAUCCCCGAGGACGCUGUGGUGGGCGGAAACGACGAGGACGGAGCUAUGAUAUACGUGGGUCGGGCCGAGCACGACGGCGACAUGAUGGUCUGCAAGGUUGUGCCCUCCAAGCAGAUCGGCUUCAUCUCCGACCGCGGCGAGGCGCUGCCCAAGGACAUCUUCGAGAUGCUGUGUGGCCAGAACCUGGUCUGGGUGAAAUGCUAUGACCACGUGAUACCCGAGACGGCCGUGCUGUGCGGACGCAGCUCUCUGGACCAGCCCGUCUACAUCGGACGCGGCCACUACGAGGGUCACCUGAUCAUCGGCAAGAUAUCCUCCGUCCAUCGGGCUCUCUUCAUCGCCUACCGCGGAGCCGAACGCCGCCUGGACUCGUACGAGAUCCUUGUGGAGGAGAGGAGGGUUGUGCCCGGCUGGCAGUUGCCGCCGCCUCCGCCACCAGAGGAGCUGGAAAAGUGUCCUCUCACACCGCCGCCGCCGCCGUCUCCACCUGCACCUGCACCCGCUCCGCCUGUGGCCGAGAAGCCGUAUCCGUAUCCGCAUCUGGCCGCAAUGCCGUUCCCAAUGGCCGACAGGCCACCACCUUAUACACCCACGACCGACCCUCUGCCGCCGGUGGGCGGAAUUCUGGUAAUGCCACGCCCCACACAUGCACCGCCACCGGGAGGCGUUUUUGUGAUGCCACCUGUCCAGCCGCAGCCGCAGCCCCAGCCCCAGCCACCACCAACACCCUCGUUCUACCCCGCUGAAGUCGCUUCAGCCGGAAUCGUCGCCGGACCAUCGUUCACACCAGCGGAGACGUACAGGCCAGGAUUCGUACAGGAUUCCUACGGAGCUGCUGGCUACACUCCGGCCGAGUACGCGCCACCGCCGGCAUACGAAGUGUUCCCCUCCUCCUCCUACGGCUACGAAAACAACUACGACGUCUGGGUGACGGCAGAGCCGGGCUACUUCUACGCUUCUGAUGCCGUCAUCGGAGGCCACGACAGCAACAUGGCGCAGCUGCUCGUCUGCCGCGCCUACUAUGCGGGUGUCCACGUUCCGGGCAAGGCAGUGCCCAGCCAGGGAUGUGCGUACAUCGCACACGGUGGACGCGAGAUCGUGGAGCCCACGUACCAGGUGCUGCUCGGACAGGGAAAGUAUCACUGGGUGCGCGCCUACGAGGGCAACAUUGCCCCCGGCGCCGUGAUGGCGGGUCGUGCGCCCGGUGGCGAGCCACUCUACAUUGGACGCGCCCACUACUGUGGCAGUCUGACGCCCGGAGUGCUGCAACAGUCCAACCGCUGCCUGCAGAUCCCGUUCGGUGGCCAGGAGAUCCGCAUCAGCAGCUACGAGGUGCUGGUCCGCAGUGACCUCUACCAUAGCCAGCAGGCCAUCCGCCUGGUCUACUGAGCAUCGAUAUCGAUUGAAAAGCGAAACUACCGAAACGAGAGCAGCUAUCUCUGAAUACCUCUGUAUACCAAAGGAUCCAACAUAUUUACCUUGCUUUGCCCUUUUACUUGCUACAUACGUACAUAAUAUAUUUAUCUAUUUAUGCGAAUAAUGUUGGUCUACUUGUGCACUAAUUAUAUUCAUUCACCCUUGGAGUUUU